AUGAUAGGAAGAAAUCCAGAAAACUACAUUAAGCAUGUUAUCCGAAACGUCUAUAACGACUUUCAGCUGUUGAUUGACGAAGGCGUUUUGGACAACGAUGCUCUUCAUUGGCUUCAACAAAAACUUCCCUCUGAAGGCAAUGGAGUUGUCACUCCAACAACGAAAGCUAGAAAAGCUGAUGUUCAAGCGUCUUCUGACUCUGCUUCGGAACCCCAGACUAGUUUUGUGACAUCCAAGGUUGCUUCACUUUCUGUAAACCAAAAUGAAGAAAAAACACCUAUGGAUCAAUCUCCCUCAAAUGUCUCCGGCCCUCAGCCCAGCCCUAGCAAUCCUGAUAAAGCAUCUGCUGAACAGCUUAGUGCAGAGGCACACUUGCCUCCUCCUCCAAGUUAUCCUCACGCUGUGGAAAACAGCACAAUUGAGCGUGUCGUUGCCCUGUACAAUUUCCCAGGCCCUGAUGCCGGUGAUCUACCCUUCAACACUGGCGAUGUGAUUGAUGUGAAGGAACACAUCAACAAGGACUGGUGGCGUGGUAGUCUCCAUGGAAGAGAGGGCAUUUUCCCUUCCAACUAUGUUUCCUUUUUGCAAGAUCCUUCAACCAGGCCACCUGCCCAGUAUCCUUCUCCUGGCAGCUCUUCGUUCGCCCCGGGAUAUCCUCAGGGUUAUGGUGGUCAACAACAACCCGUCGUUGUGGCACAAAACCCAUCUCCCAAAAAGAACAACGGCUUGAAGAAGUUUGGUAGCAACGUUGGAAGCGCCUUUGUUUUCGGUGCAGGUGCUACCGCUGGUGCCGACCUUGUCAACUCUAUCUUUUAA